CGUCCAUCGCGGAAAGCGCUCGGUUUUCGUCGCUUAAACAUGGAUACUGAUUUGUAUGACGAAUUCGGAAAUUAUGUAGGCCCGGACUUGAUGUCAGACGAGGAGGAGCCUGCUGAUGAUGGCAGUUUACCCGAUGAGCAAGGUUCGGAUGAUGAAAUGGAUGAAGAGCGAAUGGAGCCGCAACAUAAUCUGGACGACGCACAGGAAGAAAGUCUUGCUGCGCUGUACGCCAACUCCCGCGGCCGUGUAAAGGUCUACGGGAAGCUCUCUCCUGAGUUCACCACAUCAAGUGGUGUCCGACAGGGUUGUCCUCUUUCACCUUUCCUCUUUAACUUCGUCAUUGAUACGAUCAUGGAAGACUCACUACCAGCCUCUAAUGCCUGUGGGGUCGAAGUGCUCCCUGGGCCUCCGCUCACAGACAUCGAGUACGCAGACGACAUAGCUCUUCUAGGAUCUGACCCCGUGGCAUUGCAAACAAUACUAAAUAAUCUAAAUAAUUCUGCCUCGCGGUUUGGUAUGCGCUUCACACCUGCAAAGUGUAAAGUGCUACUGCAAGACUGGGUGGGCUCGAACCCUAGCCUCAUGCUUGCGGAUGAACCGAUUGAGGUAGUAGACAAAUUUGUUUACCUGGGCAGCUGUAUCAGUCCCGGUGGUCUCGCGAAAGAUGAAAUUUCCAUCCGGAUUGGGAAGGCCAGAGCAGCUUUUGCGAACCUACGUCACCUGUGGCGUAGGCGUGACAUCAGCUUCUCUGUCAAGGGUCGAGUUUACAAUGCUGCGGUGCGCUCCAUAUUACUAUAUGGAUCAGAAACCUGGCCGCUGCGCGCCGAGGACGUCAAAAGACUUUCAGUGUUUGACCAUCGAUGUCUUCGGAGCAUUGCCCGAAUCUGGUGGGAACACCGGAUCAGCAAUUCUGAAGUACGUCGAAUGGUAUUCGGGAGAAAUAACUCACCCUCGAUAGAUGAACUGAUCACACUGCAUAGGUUGCGCUGGCUUGGCCACGUGCUGCGUAUGCCAGUCGACCGACUUCCUCGAAGGGUUCUUUUCGCACAACCACGUGAAGGGUGGAAGAGAUCUAGAGGCGGUCAAACAAUGACUUGGCAGCGAAGUAUGAAAGCCAUUACCAGCAAACUCAGCUGUGCUGCUCUGAAAGGAAUGUUGUUUACUUUCGCAACUUUACUUCCCCAGGUUGUACUACAUGAAGACAAGAAGUACUACCCCAGCGCCCUCGAAGUCUAUGGCCCUGAUGUGGAGACGCUGGUGCAAGAAGAAGAUGCGCAACCUCUUACACAACCUCUCGUGGAACCAGUCAGACACAAAAAGUUUGCUUAUACAGAAGCGAGCAUCCCAAGGACAACAUAUGAUCCGGAGUUCUUGGCUGAUUUGAUGGACUGUCCAGAUCUGAUUCGAAACGUUGUGCUAUGUGGCCAUUUGCACCACGGCAAGACCUCAUUCGUCGACUGUCUGAUGGAGCAAACACAUCCGGAUAUUUCGGCCAAGGGGGAUAAAGAUCUUCGGUACACUGACUUUCUCCACAUGGAAGUCGAACGUGGUUUGAGUGUGAAGUCGACGCCCGUCACUUUGGUCCUGCAGAAUAUGCGUGAAAAAGCCUACCUGUUCAAUAUCUUUGACACACCCGGCCACGUGAACUUUUCCGAUGAAGUUACCGCUGCCUUCCGUUUGGCUGAUGGUGUCUGUCUAGUUGUCGAUGUCAGCGAGGGUGUGUUGCUCAACACCGAACGAGUUCUCAAACACGCCCUGCAAGAGCGUCUCCCAGUUACUCUGUGUAUCAACAAAAUCGAUCGCCUAAUUUUGGAACUGAAGUUACCUCCUACAGACGCUUACUACAAAAUCAAACAUAUCAUUGAUGAAGUGAAUUCGAUUUUGCUCACUUUCUCGGAGACAACAGGUGAUAUGGGAGACUCGCAGCCACUGGUGAGUCCUCUGCUCGGGAACGUGUGUUUCGCAAGCUCGUACUAUCGCUUCUGCUUCACACUGGACUCGUUUGCAAAGCUCUACGCGGACACAUUUGCCCCCGGGAUGGAUCCGGACGAAUUGGCUAAACGCCUGUGGGGUGAUAUCUACUUCAACUCGAAAAGUCGGAAAUUUUCAAAACGUCCUCCAGCCAAUAAUUCUCAACGCACAUUUGUCGAAUUCAUCCUUGAACCCUUGUACAAAAUCUUCGCCCAAACUGUUGGUGAUGUGGACACGUGCCUGCCCUCUCUGUGCACAGAGUUGGGUAUUUGGUUGAGUAAAUCGGAAAUGAAGAUGAACGUCCGUCCCCUGUUGCGCAUCAUCUUCAAACGAUUUUUCGGGGACUUUUCCGGCUUUGUGCACAUGUGCGUUACUCACAUCCCCAGUCCGGUAUCAGCAGCCCCUGUCAAGGUAUCUAGUUGCUACACUGGUCCGUUGGAUAGUCAGCUGGCUCGCGAUAUGCUCAAGUGCAAUAUGGAUGUGAAGCAAGUGAUGGUCCACACGACCAAGUUGUAUCCCGAUCCAGAGGCGAUCACGUUUCAUGUAUACGGCCGCGUCAUGUCUGGCACGCUUCAUGCUGGACAAGAUGUCCGUGUUUUGGGUGAGAAUUACUCUCUCACUGACGAGGAAGACUCGAGACAUGCUACUGUUGGCCGACUCUGGGUGUCAGUCGCAAGGUAUCGGCUAGAAGUCAACCGUGUGCCGGCUGGGAAUUGGGUCCUCAUCGAAGGAGUCGACCACCCAAUCGUGAAAACCGCCACCCUGACUUCGCUGGAUGCCAAAGGCGCUUGCAUUUUCAGACCGCUCAAUUUCAAUACAUUGUCUGUGGUGAAAAUUGCGGUAGAACCUGCCAACCCAUCUGAGCUGCCCAAACUCUUGGACGGUUUACGUAAGGUCAACAAAAGUUAUCCUCUCCUGGCAACCAAAGUUGAAGAAUCGGGAGAGCGAAUUAUCCGAGGUACAGGCGAAUUGUACCUAGACUGUGUGAUGCACGACCUGCGGAAGCUCUAUUCCGACAUAGAGGUAAAGGUGGCCGAUCCCGUGGUAGCUUUUUGUGAGACUGUGGUUGAAACAUCCUCGCUAAAAUGCUUCGCCGAAACGCCGAACAAAAAAAACAAAUUGACAAUGAUUGCCGAGCCAUUGGAUAAGGGUUUGGCUGAAGAUAUUGAAAGCAAAGCAGUUCAGAUUGACUGGCCCAAAAAAAGACUGGGCGAAUUUUUCCAGAAGAAAUACGAUUGGGAUCUGUUGGCCUCCCGCUCUAUUUGGGCUUUCGGUCCGGAUGCCACAGGGCCGAACAUCCUUGUUGACGAUACGUUGCCUUCAGAAGUGGAUAAAACCUUGCUCGGAACGGUGAAAGACUACAUUGUCCAAGGUUUCCAGUGGGGUACACGAGAAGGCCCGCUGUGUGAUGAACCUAUCAGAAAUGUAAAAUUCAAAAUGCUGGAUGCUCUCAUCUCCGGUGAACCUCAUCAACGUGGGUCUGGUCAAAUCAUCCCAACAGCGCGUCGUGUCGCAUACUCUGCAUUUCUAAUGGCCACACCUCGUUUGAUGGAGCCAUACUACUUCGUGGAGGUUCAGGCUCCCGCAGAUUGCGUCUCGGCUGUUUACACCGUGCUUGCUCGGCGUCGUGGUCAUGUGACCCAUGAUGCCCCUAUCUCUGGCUCUCCUCUGUACGUGAUCCGUGCGUUCUUGCCAGUGAUGGACUCGUUUGGUUUCGAGACCGAUCUGCGUACGCAUUCACAAGGGCAGGCAUUUUGCUUACUUGUCUUCAAUCAUUGGCAAAUGGUUCCCGGAGACCCUCUGGAUCGUUCCAUCCAAAUUCAGCCGUUGGUGCCUCAACCGGCCACCCAUCUUGCCCGCGAAUUCAUGAUCAAAACUAGGAGACGCAAGGUACUUGUGCUUGAUUGAUGCUUUUCUCCAAUAGUUUAAAUGUGAAGUUGACGCGUGUACAUCUGCAGCUCCGAACCCG